CAUCCUUCCCCCCGCGGCAGCGGGAUUGAUCCGACGAUUCCCUCCCCAGGUCCCGUGUACGGGUUCACCCCACCCGGAAUCUUUAUAAAUUCCGUUCCCACGCGGAACAAAAACCAACGGCAUACGGCGCCGCCCACCCAUCCGCCCGUCAACCACGAGCGCGCACCGCACGCAACUCAGCGCAGCGAUCGAGCCGGCGCCAUGGAUUUCCACCACAACCACCAACAACACAGCGUCCGCGCGGCGGGGCCGCCGGCGCCGGCGGCGCGGCCGUGGAGCAAGGCGGAGGACAAGGUGUUCGAGGGCGCGCUGGUGAUGUGGCCCGAGCACGCGCCCGACCGGUGGGCGCUCGUCGCGGCGCAGCUCCCCGGCCGCACGCCGCGCGAGGCCUGGGAGCACUACGAGGCGCUCGUCGCCGACGUCGACCUCAUCGAGCGCGGCGCGGUCGAUGUGCCCACCUCCUGGGACGACGACGACGACAGCUCCUCCGGCGGCGGCGGCGGCGAGGAGGGCGGCCCCACCCGCCGCGCCGGCCCCAACCGCCCACGCCGCGAGAGCCGGCGCCCCGGGAUACCGUGGAGCGAGGAAGAGCACAGGCUGUUUCUUCAGGGGCUGGAGAAGUACGGGCGCGGGGACUGGCGCAACAUCUCGCGGUUCUCGGUGCGGACGCGGACGCCGACGCAGGUGGCCAGCCACGCGCAGAAGUACUUCAACCGGCAGCUCAACCCCGCCAGCCGCGACUCCAAGCGCAAGAGCAUCCACGACAUCACCACGCCGUAGACCCGAUAUGAUGGCCGCCGCCGCGCUCCCCUCGAGCAACUAGUCCAUGACCAUGUACAUAAUGCUAGCUACUGUAACUUAAAAUUAGGCUGAAGCGGCCAAUGGAUCUCUGCAUUGCUGUGGAUGCGUCGAGUACUCGCGAGAAACAGAGGCAGAGAGUUCCAGUCCGCUGUCGGCACAUGGUUUAGGCUUACUCGUUGUAGAACUAGGGGUUAAACAUCUGUGAAGUCUGACGUGGCGACGUCGUGUCUGGUUUGGGUGGAUCAGACCGACGCAGGUGUCGCUGUUGCAUAGUAGUCUAAUGGUGCCUUCGUAUGAUGGUGUCGAAGUUGUACUGGAUAACUUGUACAGUUGUUGUC